UGAGAAGCGAUGUUACAGCGGGUCGCCACAGAUAGGGACUGGGAAAAGCGAGAAGGUCCGCAUUUCCUUGUCUACGGCCAUCAGGAUGGGCAUCGUUCCUCGAGCUGCAAGACAAAAACUGGAACAGCUAAACCGAAACGCAAAUAUGAAGCUCCUUGUGUUUGAGGAAGAACAACAACGAGAACGGACACUGUCAGAGGACACUCUCGCAGGAGGUGGCAGUAGGGAUGCGCUUUUUGCUCCAGUGGCAGAAGCUCUUAUGCAAGUGAGCGGAGGGCGAGCAGAAUUAUGGCGUGAGCCUGGGCGCAUGGGUGGUGAUGGUUCGGACGAGCAUCCGAAAGGAAAACAUCAAGUCGAGCAUGAUGAGGUGGAUGACCAGAAAAGAGGAGCAAAGAAUAAUCCUGAUCAAUAUUACAGAUCGAACAUCAAACAUAAUCUCGAACUCGAUGAGGAGAUCCUUUUAGUCGUGGAUUCGGCGGAUGUGGUGCACCAAGAUGCUGCACAUAAUGCGAAAUACAGUGAGUCAGAGGAACAGCGCCGUGACUUGGUGUCUCGUGGAGCUGAGCCAAAUCCAGCCGCAGCUUGCAUGCGAGGGCCAGCACGAAAUGCGACAGGACGCGAUCGCGCAAUCGUUGGAGCCCGAACGAGAAUGACCUACUUAAGACAAACAUCUUGAUGGACUACUUAUACUAUUAGUAUUACUUGGAGAAGGUUAUAUCUGCAUCGUCAUCGUGCCUGGUUAACUUCAACUGGUGAUAAAAAUGUGAAUUAUUGGAUAUCAUGUUCAUCGCAAUCGCUCUCGAUCAGAAAACUCUACCAAUAAGAGUGCAGAGAGCAUGAAGCUCCUCUCUGGCAUCUUCCCUCUGCAUCUUUAAAGAUUGUUUUCAACGAUUUGAGCCUGUUCUUUGGUCUGCAGAGCGUAGAGGAGGAGGCGCGUG